CUCUCCCCUUUCUCUGCUGAUUUUGCACUUUUCUCUUUGCUCACCACCAAGUGUAAUCAAUAGCAAAGCACUGACAGUACAUAGCAGUAGUGAAAUCUGAAAUAACUAAGAAUUAAUCAGGUACUACAGCCAUGGAUUUGGCUGGGUAAAAUCCAACUGGGGAUUUCAGUUUCAUUCACCUACCCUGUUUUGGUGGUUUUCAGUUUUUUUUUUAUUUUUUGUUUUUUUUUUUCUUUUCUAUAUUUGGGAAGCAACAUCACAAUUUUCCCUUCUUUUUCCUUAAUCCCUUUAAAAGGGGGAAAAUCCGGAUGGAUUUCAAGGAUUGGACUGGUGUCAGCUGUGUUUUAUUGCACACCUAAAUCCUGAUGAUAGGUUUUUCAUUUUCCCCUCAAAGCCUUUUAUUUUGGCAGUUUAGCCAAAUGUGUUUUUCAGAAAGUUAGUUCGAAGUUUUUUCUCCUCUUUCUUUCCUUCCUCGCCUUCCCCUUCCCCGACUCUUCCCCUAAACAUUAUUGUCCAAACAUGACUGGACAGCAACUUUUGUUUCUUGACCCUGUGGUAUGACAGUCUGCUAAUAUUGCCAGAAGGUGCAGUUUGGGGGUUACAGUUGUGAUUUUAGCUAUUCAAUCAUAUUAGCAGGAAAAAAAUGACUUGUUUCUGUUGUACUUGAGUCUUAAAGAAAAGUGCCCAUAGUUUAGUGACAAUUUCCAAAGGCUUUAGUACCACCUGUAUUUCAAAAUGGGGGACCCAAACUCCCGGAAGAAACAAGCUCUGAACAGACUACGUGCUCAGCUUAGAAAGAAAAAAGAAUCUCUAGCUGACCAGUUUGACUUCAAGAUGUAUAUUGCCUUUGUGUUCAAGGAGAAGAAGAAAAAGUCAGCACUUUUUGAAGUGUCUGAGGUUAUACCAGUCAUGACAAAUAAUUAUGAAGAAAAUAUUCUGAAAGGUGUGCGAGAUUCCAGCUAUUCCUUGGAAAGUUCUAUAGAGCUUCUUCAGAAGGAUGUGGUACAGCUCCAUGCUCCUCGAUACCAGUCUAUGAGAAGGGAUGUAAUUGGCUGUACUCAGGAGAUGGAUUUCAUUCUUUGGCCUCGGAAUGAUAUUGAGAAAAUUGUUUGUCUCCUGUUUUCUAGGUGGAAGGAAUCUGAUGAACCUUUUAGGCCUGUUCAGGCCAAAUUUGAAUUUCAUCACGGUGACUAUGAGAAACAGUUUCUGCAUGUACUGAGCCGCAAGGACAAGACAGGAAUUGUUGUCAACAAUCCUAACCAGUCAGUGUUUCUCUUCAUUGACAGACAGCAUUUGCAGACUCCAAAAAACAAAGCCACCAUCUUCAAGUUAUGCAGCAUCUGCCUCUACCUGCCACAGGAACAGCUCACCCACUGUGCAGUUGGCACCAUAGAGGAUCACCUCCGUCCUUAUAUGCCAGAGUAAAUAAGAGCAUUGACCAGCAAAAUGGAGAAGACCAGAGAAUGCAGCAGCGAUUUUCUUUUCUUGUUUUCUUACCACUUUUCUUUCAGAGUUUAAAGAAAAUGGACUCAUGCACAGAACACUAUGCAUUUUGAAACUUGUUCAUCCUGGAUUUAUUUUAAUCAUUUGUAUCACAGAACUUUAAAAAAAAUUAGAUGUCUUCUGCACGGACUGUGUGAAGGAAGGUGCUUUGCAGAUUGCUGCACUGCAUCAGCAUCUUACUAAAAUGUGAAGGAAGGACUCUUGUACACUGAAAUGCUUAAUGUAUAUGCAUGCACAGGCUGUGCUCAGUGUUGUGGUCUUCAUGUUUGUGCUGGUUUUUGCCUCUGACAUCUUUCAUCAGUAUUGAGGGUGAGAGUGAAUGUAACAGGUAUAAAUAACACUUAAAAACUUAAUAGCUUUGCUAUAAUCACCGUUGUUCCAGAGCACUGUCAGAUUCAUUCUAAUGACCAGAAUGGUUGUUACAAAAAGAAAUUACAACCAUGGGAAAGAAAUCUUAAUGAAAAAAAGCAUCUCAUUGAGGUAUUUCUGCCUCGUGUGCACUGGGCCAUGUUUGUUUUCUUGGUACUCAUUAGUACAUGUAUUUUUUCCCAGAUCUCUUUCCCCGAGUUGCUGUUAUAGAGUACUCUGCUGUGUGCAGAUGCAUUUAUACACAUUAAAGCAGAUCUGGAGUCUGGCGUGGCUAAAUGCAGCUAUAAAACAGGAACAUUCAUAGCUGCAAAAACCAUCAUAAGUAGAGGACUUUUUGGUUUUUCUUUUGUUUUUGGUGUUAGAAAAUUUAAUUACAAAUAAAAUUCCAGUGAAUUUUGCAGAAAUACUGGUUUCUACACCAUCCUAAAGAAGUUGAGUGUUUGGAAUAGAAAAAAAUAUUAAAAGUGGGGAUCUUACAUUGUAAAAUUAACCAGAGUGUCAAGAGUUCUAAAAGCAGAACUCAAUUGUGCAAUGAACAUAAGGAAAGACUACUGUAUAGCUUUUUUAUUUUUACUUUUUUGUUUUUUGUUUUUUGUUUUUUUUUUUUUUUCUUUUAAAUGAAGAAAGGCUUUGCUUAAGGGUUGCAUACUUUUAUUGGAGUAAAUCGGAAUGAUCCUGCUCCAUUGGAGUAAAACUAGUGCUUACUGGUUUCCAUUUGUAUUUAGCUUCUGGUUGGAAUUUGGAAAAAAAAAAUGAAACCUAAAUAAAAUAGGUGAAAGCUUC